GGAUCUGGAACCAGUUCGGUUCUGGUUCCAUAUCCCAAUAGUUUCAGUUCUGAUUCUAAUUUUUGGGAACAGCAGGGAAUGGUUUGAAUUCCAAUUUCACCAAGAACCAUACUGAACCAGACCGUGUACAUGUUACACCCCUCAUGUCAAUGCCAUGGAGAAAUUUUCACAUACGGUUCGAAUUGGGCCAAGAUGGUGGACGGUCGACCUAUUUCCCCUCGAACGGGCCUAAAAAAAUCCCUACCUCAGAGAAUCCACCAUCCACAUUGUUCAAGCCCAUUUUCCCGCCUAUUUCUUACAUACAAACUUCGUGCACAUAACAUGCCUCGCGCGAGUCUCACUCACUCUCACCCACUCUCUCUGCUGAGUUCAAAUUUCAGAAGCAGCGAAAAUCGAACACUUCUUCGACUACGAAAAGCGAUUCAAAUUAUGCAGACAAAAUGGUUCGAUCGAUUCAUUUAGUUAGUAUAUCAACCUCUGUAUUGAUCUCUUAGGGUUUCGAUCUGUCACAGUUCAAUUCAUCUCUCGAAGAUCUCAACCGUUGCUUCGAUUAAAUGAAGUUGAAGAUCAACAAAGCCAGCGAUCUCAGCUCCAUUUCAGUUCUUCCUCCUCCCCCAAGGAGAGCAAGCACUGUCCCGAAUGGACCUGAGUGUUCGGUUUUUGGCAAAAGCCAAACCUCGCAGCUUCGAUCACAGCCAUCGCAGCAGUCAUUUUCGCAAGGAGUUUCAUCUCAGUAUGGAAUGUUCUCUCAGCUCUCGCAGAAUUCUCUCGAUGAAAUUGCGAUGAACGAUCAGAGGUUUGGUUCUCAAGAAAGAGAGAACUCGGUGAAAAAGAUUAGUUGUUUGCCCCCAAUAAGUUGUGCACGAGAAGAUAGUCAGAUGCCAAUCUCAAGAUCUUCCACCAAUCUAAUGUGCAAAUGGAACUCUGCUCCUGUUGCAGAUCUCAGAUAUCAGAUUAGUGAAGAACUUGAACACCGCAUUGGAAUGAUGCAAACUUCAAUAAACAAGUUUGGAAUGAUCUUGGAAUCUAUUCAGAGUGACAUAAUGCAAAUAAACAGAGGAACAAAGGAUGUAUCAGUGGUAGUGGAAGGUAUACGACAGAAGCUGAUUGUUCAUGAUCACUCGCUGCAGCUACUGGACAAGAGAGAAGAAGAUAUUAAAACUACCCUUGAUGGGGGCUUUAAAUCUAUUUCUGAUCAACUCAUCCAGGAUAUUUAUCAAGAAAGGUUACAGGAGAUUUCUUCGAUGCUUUCAGCUUUACCAGAGCAGAUUGAUGCAUGUUUACAGAAGUUAAAAUAUGAUAUCUGCAGGAGUUUCUCCCAAGAAAUGCAGGUGAUAGCGUCCGUGAAGAUUCCCAACAAAAAACAUCUAACUCCUAACCAAAAACGUCUAACUCCUACUGCUGUUCUUCCAAGGGGUAUCAGUUACUGUGCUACUUCACAGCAAAUGUCACCAUUCAAGAAUCCAGUGGUGCAUCCCAAGGUUCGUGGGCAAGCAACACUGGGUCCAAAGGUAGAAGUGGGAAGCUGGACUACAGUGAAACAAGAACGAUCUAAUUUCACUUAUAGGUGCUCCAAUAAGGAACAAAAACAAAAGGAAGUCUCUCCCGCUGAACUGGAAAGAGAACGGAGAGUUGCCAUUGAAUCAGAUGAAGAGAUUGAUGGGUUUUCCUGCUUGCUGGAAGAAAAAGAAACAGGCUUAGAAAAAUAUUCAAUGGCAGAAGUGAAGGAAGAGACUCUGAGGAUUCUGAGGAAAGCAAGGAGGCGAAAGAGAAAGUACUGUAAUCACAUAAUUAUAGAUUGAAGAUGCUACGGUGUUGAGUGGUAUCUUGUUCGAUUCAUGUGCCUUCGGCUAGUUGUGCAGACAGGAAUUCUCCAUUCGGUGGGAUGACUGAUGAAGCUUCCAAGUUCCAAGGGAUUCUUACUGAAACUCCCUGCCAGAAUCUUUUGCUCCGAUGCUUGCCUCUUACGGCAUGAGUUUGAUUGGUUCUGGUACAUUUUCUGUUUCACCCAGCUGCUGUUUGUUAAAUUUCUUUCCUUUUUUUUUUUUUUUCUUAAAAUAAUUUUGUAUCUAAAAUUGAUACAUGCAUAAGAAUGUCCACAUGUUGAUGAUAAGGUAAGAGAGUCAGUAUUAGAUGAGAGACUCACUUGGAAGAUUAUCUACUGCCAAAUAGUACUGUGGGUAUCAGUUGUCACACGGAUAAUAAAAUCAUUUGAUACUGUUCCCAAUAAGCAUUUGUAAGCACAAAUGAACCUGUUAUGCAUAUAUACAUAUAUAUGUGUGUGUCAGUGUGUUUUCUUAAAAUGGACCUGUUGUAAAUAUAUUUUUCUUCUAAAUACGG